AUUCCUUGUUUGUGCUGAUGCAUGCAGGAUGAAGGAUAAAACUCUAGCUUUUGUCGGGGAUUCGUUGGGACGACAGCAGUUUCAGUCAGUAAUGUGCAUGAUCACAGGUGGUGAGCAGAGGACUGAUGUUUUAAAUGUUGGAAAGGAGUAUGGUCUUGUCAAAGGUCGUGGGGCCAUUCGUCCUGGUGGAUGGGCUUAUCGGUUCCCAAACACCAAUACUACCGUACUUUAUUAUUGGUCUGCAAGCCUCUGUGACUUGGUGCCCCUUGAUAUAACUAACCGUUCGACUGAUGUUGCCAUGCACCUUGAUCGGCCACCAGCAUUUUUGCGCCAUUACCUUCACAAAUUUGAUGUCCUUGUUCUCAAUACCGGGCACCAUUGGAAUAGAGGGAAGCUCAACGCUAACCGUUGGGUGAUGUAUGUUGGGGGUGUUCCUAAUACUGAUAGAAAAAUUGCAGGUAUCCCAGGCGCCAGAAACUUGACAGUUCACAGCAUCAUCAAGUGGGUGAACUCGCAACUACCAAGGUAUCCGGGAUUAAAAGCAUUUUACCGGUCUAUUUCACCAAGGCAUUUCUUCAAUGGAGAUUGGGACACUGGAGGUACAUGUGAGAAUACCAGUGCGAAUGCUGCUGGCAUGGAAGUUUUACAAGAGGAAUCUAGCGAUGAUCUUGCUGCAAGGGCAGUGAAGGGAACAUCGGUUAAGCUCUUGGAUAUAACAGCUUUGUCUCAGCUGAGAGACGAGGGUCAUAUAUCUCGAUACAGCAUAAAAGCCACGCCAGGUGCACAGGAUUGCUUGCAUUGGUGCUUACCUGGUGUUCCAGAUACAUGGAAUGAAAUCCUUUUCGCACAGCUGUAGUAGUCAAUACCAAAAAACAAAAUUCCCCACAUCAAUACCAAAAAACAAAAUUCAAUCUAAAAAACAAAAAAAAAAAAAAAACCAAAACACAAAACAUUCAACACAAAAAAAAUCCCAAGUCCAACACAAUUGCACAUAAAUAUAUACAUAUAGAGAAAGAGAUCGGGAACUAGAGGGCCUAAAAAAAAAAUCCCAAAUCAACACAAUUACAUGCUUGAUUCAUUGCUUCAAAGAAUUCAUUUGACCAGACCACAAAAAUUCUUAUGUGGACUAUUGCAGGUUGUUGAGUUGUUGUCAUGGUUGCUUCAGAUGGGUUAAACGUGGAGCUUUAAUUGUCGUAUUAUUGUAUCAUACCCCAUCUCUUUCCAAAUAACCUUUGAUAUCUUUCAUUUCCUAAAUUAAAUUUCAAUAAAACUAUAUAUAUAUAAAUUUUGUGUCUGCUU